AGUGGAAAAGUGUAAUGUAAAUCACAAAGUACAAAACUCCGGAAAAAAUUUAGAAAAAACUGGCGAGGUGACCAAUGGUAGGGAGGGUGUGCGUGCGGAGAAAGUCUUCAAUUUGUAUUUUUAAAAUCUAGGGAGCAGCCUCAUCCUCUGUCUCAAAUGGCUCCACCGGCGGGAUAGGAUUCUUAUUCGUUGACUUCUGCUUGCUUCACUUAUCUGUUUCUGUUGGACUACUUGUUUCCUCCUCAAUCGGCGGCAGAUGAUGGCAGAAGAUUGCUGCGCCACCCAAUUGACCCACGGAAACGGAAAGUUCAAUGUCCAGGGGCUCCACAACUUCAUGCUCACUACGAACCUCUCUCAAUGUGGCCUCUCCUAUGCUGUGGUAGCCAUCAUGGGGCCUCAAAGUAGCGGAAAAAGCACGCUAAUGAAUCAUCUUUUCUAUACAAAUUUUAGAGAAAUGGAUGCCUUCAGAGGAAGGAGUCAAACCACCAAGGGGAUUUGGAUAGCAAAGUGUGUAUGUGUUAACCUUUCACAAUUGCCAUGGAUUUGGAGGGUACUGAUGGAAGAGAAAGAGGGGAGGAUGACACUACAUUUGAGAAACAAAGUGCCCUUUUUGCUUUGGCUAUUGCAGACAUUGUUCUUAUAAACAUGUAAGACUCCUCUGGAAUAUUUAGAGCCGAUCUUAAGGGAAGAUAUUCAAAAGGUAAUCGUUUGUAUCUAUUGCUGGUUUUUGAGUUCUUCCUCUUUUUCUCUUCCUUUCCUACUCUUUAUUCUUUUUAUGUUGCAUUUUUAUUGGUGAUGAGUACUUCAGAUAUGGGAUUCAGUUUGUAAGCCUCAAGCCUAUAAAAACACUCCUUUGAG